AUGGAAGAAACUGAACAUGUUGCCCGGCGGCUUGACCGCAUGCUAAAAAACAAAAAAAUAGAUGAUGAGUCUGCGCUGAAAUACCUUAGAAGAUUGCGAAGCAUCGAGAUGACUCUGGAAAUCUUAACGAAAACCGGUGUAGGUAUAAUUAUCAACAAGAUAAGAAAGGAGUCAGAAGAUCCGGAGGUUGCUACAUUGGGGAAAAACAUGAUAAAGCAGUGGAAAAAGCUGGUCCCAGACAAAAGUGAAGCUCCUGCAUCUUGCACCAAUAGUGUUGGCAAUAACAAUAAUGACAAUGGCAACAGUAAUGACAACAAACAUUCACCUGAGUCAAAUAACUACAAUGUCUGUGACGAUGGAGGACCACAAGAAGCCAAACGGUCUCGGCCAAGUGAAAAGAAGGAAUCUACAGAACUGUCGGGAAAUGCAAGUCGUGGCUUUUUUCCUGUCCACACUUUGACUACAACAGAUCAAGUACGUUUAAAAGCCCGAGAGAUGCUUCAAUCAGCACUAGAAAGUGGCAAUAUUCCUAGCGGUGCUUAUGAAAGUGAGUUCCUAGCAAUACGAAUAGAAAGUUCCAUAUAUGAUCUUUUCAACAAUACUGAUCCCAAGUACAAACAACGAGUACGUACUAGAGUUAUGAAUCUACGCGAUUCUAAUAAUCCCAAUUUGCGACUUAAUGUCCUAAUGGGACACGUGAGUCCGGACAAACUAGCAUCGAUGACAUCAGAAGAGAUGGCUAGUAAAGAAAUGAAAGAACUUCGUGAGAAAUAUACUAAAGAAACUAUAGAAGACCAUCAAAUGGCUGUAACUGGUGGAACGGAAACUGAUUUAUUACGAUGUGGAAAGUGUAAGCAGACCAAGUGUACAUAUAACCAGGUCCAAACUCGUAGUGCAGAUGAACCAAUGACCACUUUUGUCUAUUGUAACAAUUGCGGCCACCGUUGGAAACUAUGUUACUGUUCAGGUUCCUGGAUUCAAACAGUUGUUUUUCCGAGGGAGCUGACUAUCUUCAAGCUUGUUGUGUAAAAGCUCAAUCCAUAAAACAAUUAAACAACGUUGGGGAAUGCAUUUCCAUAGUAUCCGAUGACUAGGUGAACGUAGAUUAUUACUCUAUUUCCAAUCAAAAGUCAAAAUGAUGCUUAUAUGUUCACCAGUAAUAAGGAGUUUAACGCAAAACAGAAAUCUGUUGUCAUUAAGUUGGUGUUCAUUAGCAUGCGCACUCAUGAGCUGAUUUAUUUACAACCCGACAUUAAUUGAUCAUCUAAUCAUUUUUUCAAGUAAGUUGUCUGUCUUUUUUUCUUGUAAUUAUAACAUUGUUUACAACAAGCAUUUGAAAAUUUGUUUUUCUAACAGUUUUGUUGACAGCUCGGAAAAAUC